AUGAACGAAUAUCCCGAUCCAAAUGCGCCUGGACGACCUUUGGUAAAGCCGAAUAGCGAUCAAAGCUCACCAUCAAAAAAUCCUUGCUCGUUCGAAGAGAAAAAUGCUGCCGACACGGCAGCUACUAAACAAUCUUCCCUAUCGUUUAGAGGUUUCGCAGAUGACCCCGAAAAUGGGCUCUCAUGGGGUGUUGAGGGCUCUUCAAAUUUGCGUUUCGGCGGACAGACGUCAGGCAUGCGAUUUUCCCACAAAUCUCUCUGGGAUUCGACAGACGAUUAUGGUGGACUACCCACCGCUGCUGUCUGGGGAAGGGGAAGUCCUUCUGCUGUUGGCAAAGAUUCUUCCUCUGAUCCCUUUUUAGCCUUUCCUCUUGGCACUUCUUUAUUGCCAAUGUCUCCUGGUAAUAAAGACGCCGGUGAAUUGUCUAAACAAGUGACAAACUUCGUAUUAAGUGAUCCGAAUACGCAGGAUGCUUCGUCACCUAGUGUGGAAACCAAAAUCCCUUCCAACUCUCAAUUUCGACCGCAACUCUUAGUGGCGGAGGAUCCUUCUGAAUCUCCAUAUCUAUCUGCACAAGAAAAUCCUCUGAUUCAAAACGGGAAUGUCGGUAGUUUAUCUCGUAUUGGACAUUUCAAUAAUAUUCAAGUUUCCAUGAAUCCUUAUGGACCUCAAGGUCCUUCCAUUUCUCUAGAUGAUCUUGAGAGAUUGAUUUCUCAGUUGAGUGGAAUGCGUAUGGGAGGAGGGACUCGUGAACAACAGCAAAUUUUUCCUCCACCGCCUCAAAGUUCUCAAAUGCACUCAUAUACAAGUAAUGGUUUUUUCUCAGUUGCUCAAGACCCUAGGCCCAACUAUGUGUAUGAUCAACAUCAAAGUUCCUCCGCCCCGGUAACUACGGCACCUGAUCUCUCUUCAUCCGGAUGUCCCAAUAUUUUUUCUCCCCAAGGCCCUCCUGUGGAACCCGGCUUUCAUCAGCAGCAGCUGGAUGUGUCGCAUCAGCAACAGCCAGAUCCUUAUGCAUUUGCAGCUGCUGCCGCGGCAGUUAUAAAUGGUGCAGCGCAGCCAAACUGUAUCCAAUUCCUGAAUCAGGCACCUUUCGCUGGCCAACCAGGAAGUCUUACCUUGCCACCUGGCACAUUUGAUCAUGGCGUUCCUCAAAAUCAAGAUGGAUUCUAUUCUUCGACUACUGCAGCGGAUCGAUUAAAGAGUCUGGCUAUUUUAUCUAAUGGAGGAAUGAAUGUUUUACCUCUUCAACAACUUCGAGUUCCUCCCGUAGCAUCACCGUUCGUGGAGCCCAUGUCACAGUUGGUACAAAUUAGGCCAGUGCAGCCAAAUACCAUCAGCAUUCCUCCACCACAGCAAGGAGCCCCUUCAAGAUCUCAGAUUAUUGACCAGCAACUACCUCUACCACCAUCUACUUUCUGCUACCCGGACGGUUCACACCCGCAGUCGUCUCACUAUGUUGCCUGCCCUUCACCUUUAAACGCUCCUCCUCUUCUUACUCCCCUUACCUUCCCUCAUCCUAACCCGAACACUCCAGCUCAUGGUGAUUGUUAUCCUCUUUCAUCCGUUACUCCCGAUGCCCUCUCUAACGCUUUCCCUAUGGGAUUUACUCGUUUUGGCCAACAGUCACACCGUAAUCGUGGUGGCGGUAGAUUUAACCGACCACCACUGGCUGUGGAUGCCUGUGGUGCGAGGCCUUCGACCCAAAUUCGGGGAGGUCAGUCUUUCACAUCCGGCUCUCACCAACAGCAGAGGCCUUUGUACUAUAGAAAUCAACAUCCAUCAUCAUCUGUGAAUUUUACACCUAAUGGAUGUAGUAUGGGCCCACGUAAUCCUCUCGUUUCGAAUCCCACACCGAUUCCAUCUCAGGUUUUUCCAUCACAACCAAUGAUGCCUCUUCAGUCGCAUUCGUCUUUGGGAGCCUCUGGCCAUCAGAUGGUAGUGCCUGAUCGAAGUCGACCUUUGGAUGAUUAUAACAGGUACACACGAAUAGAACAGAUGUCGCUUCAAUGUAUGUCCGGGUGUUUUGUGAAGUUCUCCAAGGAUCAGACUGGUUCCCGAUUGAUACAGUUGAAGUUGGAGAAGGCAUCUCUGGCGGAAAAAAAUGUUGUCUUCAAUGAAAUUCUUCCCAGCUGCCACGAACUCAUCACUGAUGUUUUCGGGAAUUAUGUCAUUCAAAAGUUCCUUGAUCUUGGCGCUCCUGAACACAAAAUAGUAAGACCCCUUUCCUAA